AUGCAGGGAAUGAACUCGCCACAAGCGAACAAAGGACACAUCGGAAUUGUCGGCGCUGGUCUUGCUGGUCUUCGGUGCGCCGAUGUACUUCUUCAAGAUGGCUUCCAGGUAACAAUCAUCGAAGGACGAGAACGGCUUGGCGGCCGCUUGCACCAAGAGAGACUGCCCAACGGCCACCUGGUAGAUGUAGGACCUAACUGGAUCCACGGGACCGACGACAAUUGCAUGCUGGACCUUGCAAAGCAAACCAAUACGGAAACCAGCAGCUGGGACAGCCGUUCUUAUGCCUUUGAUGAAGAUGGAAACCUCUUUCCGGUGAAGGAAGGCGAGAAGUAUUCCACCAUAAUGUGGGAUAUCAUCCAGGAGGCCUUUGAGUAUUCGAACAAACACUCCAAUGAGACGGAUCCCAGCCAGAGUCUGUACGACUUCUUUGAGAGGAGAAUACUCGAGAAGAUACCCGACACUGGAGUCGACUUUCAAAAGCAGCGCCGUAUCAUUCUUCAGAUGGCCGAACUCUGGGGAGCGUUCGUGGGAAGUCCCAUCCAGCGCCAGAGUCUCAAGUUCUUCUGGCUUGAGGAGUGUAUCGAGGGUGAAAACCUAUUUUGCGCUGGUACCUAUCACAAGAUACUUGAGGCUAUCGCCAAGCCAGCAGUCGAUGGCGCUUCCAUUCUAUACAAGACCACAAUGGCAAACAUCGCCACGAAGAGUUCUUCAAGCGAGAAAGUCCAGGUGAUGACUUCAACUGGACAGAAACUCGAAUUUGACGACGUGGUAGUGACGACACCGCUUGGGUGGUUACAGAAGAACAUCUCUGCGUUUGAACCUCCCUUACCCUCGAGACUCUGCAGUGCCAUUCAGAGCAUCGGAUACGGAUGCCUCGAGAAAGUGUACAUCAGUUUCCCCGAAGCGUUCUGGCUCAUCCCCGACGACCAAGGCCGCACGAUCCAGGGGUUCUGCCAGUGGCUCUCACCUGCCUUUGCUCUCGAUUCGAAUCCGCACCGAUGGACACAAGAACUCGUCGAGCUCGGCUCGCUGCCCGCUGGGGUUGCCCACCCGACCCUUCUCUUUUAUAUCUACGGCGACGAGUCCAAGUAUCUGACUGAAGCCGUCUCAUUGCUGGGCGGCGGCGACUCCAAGCCCAAGAAGGAGGCCUUCCUCUACGAGUUCUUCCGGCCGUACUACUCCCGACUCCCGCACUACGACCCGGACUCACCCCACUGCCGACCCACGGCGUGCUUCGCGACGGACUGGCUGCAUGACGACCUGGCGGGCAACGGUAGCUACAGCAACUUCCAGGUCGGGCUGCGCGAGGGCGACGAGGACAUCCGCCUGAUGCGGGAGGGCCUGCCGGAGCGCGGCCUGUGGCUGGCCGGGGAGCACACUGCGCCCUUUGUGGCUCUCGGCACGGCUACGGGAGCGUACUGGAGUGGCGAGGCGGUUGGGAGGAGGAUCGCGGAGGCGUAUGGCUCUGUCAAGGGCGAAUGA